AUGGCUACAGCUGAAGCGCCCGCAAGAGUGCAUGAUCGCAACGGUCGGCGUCGCCCCUUCGCGAGUUGGAUGAAACGACUCGCAAGCCUUAAAAGCUCCUCAGAUUCCGGCUCAAACCGAUGGACUCAUAAGCGACAUGCGAACUCUAAGGGGAAAAAGAAUGGGGGGCAAGGCAACAAUCCAUACCCUCUGUCAGGCACGAUCGGCCACUCGAAUAGAAGCGAUUCAUACUCGGAAAGUGGCGACCGUGAUCUGAAUGAGUCUCAAUCGCGGAGUGAUCCUUCCCUGGUGUACUCAGGGUAUGAGAAUCCAGUGACCGCAAGAAGCGCCAAGUCGGCUGCUCCGACUGUAUCCACGAACGGCGACACCGCGAUCUCGGAUGCAGAGUAUUCUAAGGCAGGGACAAUGGCGACUGGGGGCGGGGGUGUGAGUUCGCAUGGCGGAGGAGAAGGCAGCACUUUCUCAUCGCCCGCCCCUUCGGUUCGCUCAUUGACCACUACACUGACAACGGUACAAUCCGCGGCACCGUCUACCCAGCUUUACACUGCACAGAAUACACAGCCUGGGCCGACACAUGGAGCAUCGACACAACAUUCCGGUCCGCAACAGGUGCAAUUCUCGCAUCAGUUUCCCCCGUCGUCUUCUCCUGCGACAGCAGUCCCCUCCCAUCUGGUUCCUCACAGUCAAUCGAUGACUUACAAUACUGCGAUCGCAAACAAUGCCUUGAACGAUAACGCCUCAAUUCUGACCCUCGCAAGCUCAUCGAAGCGACGCCGCCGCAACUCCUUGGACACAAAUGCCUCUGUGCGGGCAUUGGCGCCUUCUUCGGUCUUUGGCGGUAGCCGGGAAAGCUUGCCACUGAGUUUGCUAAGUGGUAGCGUAGUCGAAUCCUCGAGCGCGUCGGCCUUCAACGUUCAAGGAGUACCGGCUCGACCGAGUAUUGUUGGGCUCGCAAGUGCUGAGCGAAUAAGUGUGUAUUCCUCACCCGGAACGGCUGCCCUGGGCACCAGUGGCGACCGCAAUUUCCAUGUCCCCCGACCGAGCCAAGUCGCCGGUGACGGAGCAAGUACUCGCGGUGGCGCUGCUUCUCACGCCCGGAAUGACAGCACAGCUGCCAGUAUCAGUGGUGCUGUCAAUAGCCCUUACUUCAUUACAUCGGGCCGUGUCAGCCGUCGCAGUUCCGGGUGGGGAGAAAUUACUGAUGAAGGAUAUGGGGUCAAGAUCGGCGAUUCCUUGGACGAGACCACGCCCAAGGCAGAGGUUACAUUCCACGAAGAGCCCGAAUUGAAAUGA